AUGGCAUAUAAGACACAAUUUGAUGACGGACUAGAGCUGGCUCAAUAUCACACGAACAUUGACGAUUACGAUGAUGGGAAGCAGACGGUCUUACAAAGUCCUGGAGGAAAAUCAGUCAUCAGCGAGUAUGGUGGAAUGGAGGUACAUCAAUAUGGGGGAGGGACUCGGACGAUUUCGACUGGCAGCAGCAUCCCUGAGGACUCAUCUGAGAAGCUGCCGAUUAAUUCAAGGAAAUACGAAGAGAAUUCGCGAUCUAGACUGCGAAGAGACCUCAAAACUCGUCAAAUUUCAAUGAUUGCGAUAGGUGGUGCCUUGGGAACUGGACUGCUCAUAAAUACUGGUCCAUCUUUGGCACAAUCUGGUCCAGUGUCUAUGAUAAUUGGCUACACUCUAGUUGGUGUCUUAUGCUAUGCUGUCAUGGCUGCGUUGGGAGAAAUGGCAUCGUGGCUUCCGAUUGCGUCUGGCUUCACAGGUUUUGCUAAUCGAUUUGUUGACCCUGCCCUUGGAUUUGCUGUCGGAUGGAAUUACUGGUUCAAGUACAUCAUCAAUACACCAAACAACCUCAUCGCAUCUACGCUCGUCAUAAGAUUUUGGUUCGACAAAGCAGGCUAUGAAGGACCCGCAUCAAACGCUGCUCUCUAUGUUGCUGCUAUCCUUGUAGCUGUCAUUGCCAUUAAUUUGUUCGGCGUUGGCAUCUUUGGAGAGUUCGAAUUCGUUCUAAGCAGUUUGAAAGUCCUCAUUAUGCUUGGCUUAAUAUUUUUCAUGUUUAUUCUGGCUGUCGGUGGUAGCUCGUCGAUAUCAGCGCCUGGUUUCAAAUACUAUGUCAAUCCUGGUGCAUUUGCCCCGUUCCUCGCUUCUGGAGGCGCUGGUCGUUUUCUGGGGUUCUGGAACGUGCUAUCUAGUGCGGUGUUCUCUUUCGAUGGCGCCGAACUUGUUGGAGUAACAGUCGGCGAAGCGCAAAACCCACGACAGGCAGUUCCACGAGCUGUCAAGCUGACCUUUUUUCGAAUUGUUUUCUUUUACAUCGUGCUAGUUUUCUUGCUCGGCCUUAACGUUCCUUACAACAGCCCACUUCUUCUCUCCGCAAACAGCGAAUCUGGCAAAACAGUCUCCGCAAAUGCCAGCCCAUUCGUGGUAGCAGCCAACAUCGCAGGCGUUUCCCUAAUUCCAGACAUAAUCAACGGAUGUCUUCUAAUCUUCACGUUCAGCGCUGCCAAUACCGAUUUAUACAUCGCUACUCGUUCUCUGUACUCCCUCGCCGUUGAAGGUAACGCACCCAGCCUAUUCGCACGAACCAGCGACCGAGGUGUCCCACUCUACGCUUUAGGCGUUUGCUCCUCGUUCUCUCUCAUCGCAUUCAUAUCCGUAGACGUCGGCAGUUUCGAAACAUUCCGCUACUUCGUAUCUCUCGUCACAAUCUUCGGCCUUCUAACCUGGAUCGCUAUCCUUUUAUCUCACAUCUGCUUCGUACGCGCUCGUCGCGCGCAAGUAGUCCCAGACACCGCACUCGCUUAUGUCUCACCAUUCGGCAUCAAUGGUUCUUUCUGCGCCCUAGCUUUCGCCAUCAUCAUCCUUAUCUUCAACGGCUUUGCGGAUUUCACAUCUGAUCCUAUUACCGGAGAACGCUUUCAGUGGCGCAAGUUCAUUGUGCACUAUAUCGGCGUCGUGAUAUUUUGCGCUAUGAUCGCAGGCUAUAAGAUCGUUGUGAAGACAAAGGUGUGGAGUGCUCAACAAGCGGAUAUUUUUGAGGGGAAGCAGAAAAUUGAUGAUGAUGAGGCGGAAUUCCUGGCGGCUGAGGCGGUUAGAUUGAGGGAUAGUCCGGAGAGCAAGUGGAAAAAGUGGUAUAGAGCUACACUUGGGAACUUUUUCUAA